UCUCCGGAGGGGAAGCGCGGGUCCUGGCUGCAGAGUGGCCUGCUGGGGGCCAUCCACCAGGCCCGGCAAGGUGGGUCCCGUCUCCUCCCCCGGGACUCUCCAGAGCCAGAGGAAGCCCGGCUGUUUGAGGUUUGAGGGCAGAGCUCAGCCGAGUAGACAGUCAGAGAAGAGCCAGAUUCCCCCUUUGCUGCCGCUCCCUGCCUGUUCUCCACCUGGCGUCAGAGACCAUCGCCUUCCCGGGGUCUGGAGGCUGAGAAGGCGGGGGAUCAGCCCAGUCGUUUCCAAACUGAGGAUCGUGACUCAUUAGUGGGUCAGGAAAUCAAUUUAGCGUAGAAUUGAUCAGAGUGCGUCGCAAGUAGUGGGCUUUCAGGGACUUCCCCGCCACCGAGGAGGCCCAGCCUUUGAACCGGCUUGAGCCACAUCCCGCAAGCAAGAUGGCGUCAGAGAGCCCGGCCCCUUCCCCGAGCCCAUGAGGGGCGAGGCCCCUUGAGGCCCGAAGAUGGGGAACGUCACUGAGAACUCGUCGCUGAGCUGUCCCAUCGACCACACCAUCCACCAGACUCUGGCCCCGGUGGUCUACGUGGCGGUGCUGGUGGUGGGCUUCCCGGCCAACUGCCUGUCCCUCUACUUCGGCUACCUGCAGAUCAAGGCCCGGAACGAGCUGGGCGUGUACCUGUGCAACCUGACGGUGGCCGACCUCUUCUACAUCUGCUCGCUCCCCUUCUGGCUGCAGUACGUGCUGCAGCACGACAACUGGUCGCACGGAGACCUGUCCUGCCAGCUGUGCGGCAUCCUCCUCUACGAGAACAUCUACAUCAGCGUGGGCUUCCUGUGCUGCAUCUCCAUCGACCGCUACCUGGCCGUGGCCCACCCCUUCCGCUUCCACCAGUUCCGCACCCUGAAGGCGGCCGUGGGCGUCAGCGCGCUCAUCUGGGCCAAGGAGCUGCUGACCAGCGUCUACUUCCUCAGGCACCAGGAGGUGGUGGAGGACGACAAGCGGCACCGCGUCUGCUUCGAGCACUACCCGCUGGAGCCGUGGCAGCGCGGCAUCAACUACUACCGCUUCCUGGUGGGCUUCCUCUUCCCGCUGUGCCUGCUGCUGGCCUCCUACCAGGGCAUCCUGCGGGCCGUGCGCCGCAGCCACGGCACCCAGAAGAGCCGCAAGGACCAGAUCCAGCGGCUCGUGUUCAGCACGGUGGUCAUCUUCCUGGCCUGCUUCCUGCCCUACCACACCCUGCUGCUGGUGCGCAGCCUCUGGGAGGCCAGCUGCCAGUUCGCCAGGGCCGUCUUCAACGCCUACCACUUCGCCCUGCUCCUCACCAGCUUCAACUGCGUGGCCGACCCCGUGCUGUACUGCUUCGUCAGCGAGUCCACCCACAGGGACCUGGGCCGCCUGCGCGGGGCCUGCCUGGCCUUCCUCACCUGCGCCAGGACCGGCCGGGCCAGGGAGGCCUACCCGUCGGGCACCCCCGACGCCUCGGGGAAGAGCGAUGAGCCCGAGUUGCUGACCAGGCUCCACUCGACCUUCCAGACCCCGAACUCGCCUGGAGCGGGCGGGAACCCCGCGGGCGGCUUGGCCUAGCCAGGGUCCCGCCGUGUGGGGCCAAGUGAGGCCUGAGCUUGCCCGCCGCCUGCCGCCCGCGUGGCCAAGCGCAGGUGGGAGCGAU